CAGUGUAUCGCGAGGUCCACAUAAAGCAAUCUCCCCCCCCCCCCCCCCAAGUCCCGACACCAUCCGUGAAACAAUUCUGAUAAGGCACAACGCAAUCUCAAUUGUGUCCGUUUCGUACCGGACAAGCUAAAGCAUCGAGUCUGGCACUCGUUCCUUACUCCUACAACCUUGAAAAGACAAGUCACAACCAGACAAAAUGGCACACUCACACGGCGACGACAUGGACAUGGGGUCGUCCUCGUCCUCGCAUAGCUCUGGUGGACACAUGUCCGUUUUCAACAAUAAUCUGAUGACGGCUCUCUACUCCGAUGAAUGGACGCCCUCGACGCCUGGCGCCUACGCCGGCACCAUCAUAUUCCUCAUCUUCCUCGCCGUCGUGUUCAGAUUCUUGCUGGCAGGCAAGGCGGUCGCCGAGGCCCGGUGGCUAGACGCCGAGAUGAAGCGUCGCUACGUUGUGGUGCAAGGCAAGCUACCCGUGUCGGAGCAGAUCUCGCGCGACGAUCUCUCCAAGCGAGUGACGCUCACUGAAAACGGCGUCGAGGAGAACGUCUUUGUCGUUCAGCGCAGAGAGCAAAUCCACCGCCCUUUUAGGCUCUCUGUCGAUCCUUUGCGUGCCGCCUUUGACACUGUGAUUACAGGUGUUGGGUAUCUACUCAUGUUGGGCGUCAUGACAAUGAACGUGGGCUAUUUCCUGGCCGUGUUGGGUGGCACAUUCCUCGGCAGUCUGCUUGUUGGCAGGAUUUACGCCACCGCAGGUGGCGAGCAUUAAGUACGACGAUGCGAUCACACAUGAUAUAAUACGACACGGCCCGUGAUACACAGCCCCUUCAAUAAGUGGCAUCAGAGAGAUGAUGGUGCCAAUAACCAUUGUGCAACACACUCUCGCUAGGGCAGCGACUACAGACCCAGACACUCGACCAACGAAACUGGGUUCAGGUAUGCCGAGGAAUAUAUUGAGGGCCAUAACACGGACUAGAUCACGACGGGACCAUGCUAUACUGCUGGCAGCGCCAGCAAUUCUAAUGGGCGAUAAUGAAUUGGGAUAUACACGGCGUUAUGGGAGAGCGGGAAUAACACAGCGAGCGUAAGGCACGAGCAUCAUGUUAGGUUUUGGCAUGAAAAUCUCGUCGCAAAGCUUUUGUGUCCUGUCCCUCGAAUGGAAAUCUUACGACCUUGCUCCAAGUCACCAGCCAGCAAGCAUCUAGAUUUCCACGAGGGUGUCGAAGAUGUUAGUUGGGGUUGUUCCUGUAUGGUGACAUGUACCGGUACUUAGCUGUGCCUGGGGGCUCGCUAGUGUGCAUAAACCUUCUCAAACCCGCUCACCUGGUGGGGCAGCGGACUACACUACCCCGCGUUAUUCAUCAUCAUCUCAGUUAACUCACUCACAUCACAUCAUCACCACAUAUCUUAU